AUGGCUCGAGGAGGCAAAAGAGGUGGUGGAUUUCGAGGCAAACGCGGGGGCGGUGGGGGUAGAGGAGGAGGUAGAGGAGGGGAUCGAGCUCCAUACGACAACCGAGUCAGCUAUGACAAAGUUCCCAAGCAUAACGCCCGUCUGGAGAAGUACUAUAACGAUGUUCUGGGACUGCCCGAGGAGGAGAGGGAGGCUUUCUGGGAUGCAUAUAAGCGUGAGCUGCCAAAUAGCUUCCGAUUUACAGGAUCCAAAGGCCAUGCGCUCGCUGUACAGAAGCUUUUCCAAGAUAGAUACAUUCCCGAAAUAUCUAGCAUCUCGCAUCACGAUGGCAACCUCGUCGAGCCCCCGAAGCCAGUCCCUUGGUAUCCAGAUGACCUUGCGUGGUGGAUGACGACUCCAAAGAAUGUCGUCCGUCGAUUCCCUCCCUUUGCAGCCUUCCAGAAAUUCUUGGUGUCCGAAACAAGUGUGGGAAAUAUUAGCAGACAAGAGGUUGUUAGUAUGAUUCCACCUUUGGUCAUGGAUCUACAACCUGGCAUGACUGUCUUGGAUAUGUGCGCAGCUCCAGGAAGCAAGGCGGCACAAUUGUUGGAAAUGGUCCACCGAGGGGAAGAGGCUCGAGUCCAUAAAUCACUACGCGAUCAUGCUCAAGAAGAUGGGCGAGAAAUAAGUCCUGGACCAGAACUUACAUUGGAUGACGCAGAGAAGUUGGAAGUCGAUUCUAGUGAUUAUGGAAGAGCUACGGGCCUUCUCAUUGCGAACGACUCGGAUUAUAAGCGCAGUCAUAUGUUGAUCCACCAGCUGAAACGAUUAUCAUCCCCGAACCUGAUUGUCACCAACCACGAUGCAACGAUGUAUCCUUCCAUCAAGUUACCACCUACCCCGGAGAACCCCGCUACUAAUCGAUACCUCAAGUUCGACCGGAUAUUGGCAGAUGUACCAUGUUCAGGAGAUGGAACAAUGAGAAAGAACGUCAAUUUAUGGAAAGACUGGCAACCAGGAAAUGCUCUUGGGCUGCACAUUACUCAAGUCCGAAUCCUGGUUAGGGCUCUUCAGAUGCUCAAGGUUGGUGGCCGUGUGGUUUAUUCAACCUGCAGUAUGAACCCUGUGGAGAACGAGGCUGUUAUUGCAUCCGCUAUUGAGAGAUGUGGUGGACUUAAAAUGGUUCAAUUGGUACCAAGCGAUGACCAACUACCCCUCUUGAAACGAACGCCUGGAUUGAAGAAAUGGAGCAUCAUGGACAAGGUUGGCGAUACAUGGUCUACGAUGGAGGAAGUCGAAGAAUAUGACAAGAAAUAUGGCUCCACAAUGGCUACCGAAAAGCUUUCCCCAGGAAUGUUUGCACCUAAGGUUGAAUCUGGGGAGGAGGAAAUACCAUUUGAGAGAUGUAUGCGGGUAUAUGGACACAUGCAAGAUACUGGUGGAUUUUUUAUUGCAAUUUUGGAGAAGAAGGCGGAGUUUAGAGCCAAGCCCGAAUCAGAACCAAAGAAGACCUCCGAUGUAAAGCCUACCAUCACCGCUAUCGUUGAUGAGAUCGAGUCAAUGCCUGCUCCUGUUGAUGGAGGAAGUGUGGCUCCUAAGAUUGAAGCAGCCGAUGCCCUCACGGGACCCUCAGAAAGCACUACAGAGCUUACACCCGUUGCACGACAAAACCAGGAGAAUCCGGCACCAGAUGCUACCGUUAGUGGCACAAAGCGCAGUGCUGAGGAUGAUGAGGAAGAGGUAGCUCAGUCCCAAAAUGUCUCAAAACCUGUAGAACAUUUCUUACUCACGAAUUUACAGUUUGAUGCCGUAUCCCGGGCGAAGAAGCUCAAAACCAAAGAAGACCUCGAGGAGCCUGCCUCAGCAGGUUUCCAAGACCGACAAGUCCACUACCCACCACCGCCAGGCGCCGAACUGGACCUCACCACCCGUCCCGGCGACCUUCGCGAUGACAAAACUCCUUUCCGCGCCAACCCCAACAAAAACCGCAACAACCAACAAUUCGAAGAACCCUUCAAAUACAUAUCCGGCACUCAUGAUGAAGUCCAAUCCAUCGAGUCAUUCUACAAACUUUCCCCUCGUUUCCCACGGGAUCGCUUCAUGGUGCGCAAUGCACAAGGCGAGCCCGCCAAGACAAUCUACUACACUUCUGCUCUCAUCCGCGACAUUAUGACCGAGAAUGAAGGCAAGGGUAUCAAAUUCAUACACGGCGGUGUGCGUAUGUUCAUGAAGCAAGAUGUCCAAGGUGAAGGAGUUUGUAAAUGGCGUAUCCAAUCAGAAGGAAUGCCCAUCCUCGAGGGCUACGUCGGCUCGGAACGCGUCGUCCGUCUUUACAAAAAAGAAACCCUGCGCAAAUUGCUCAUUGAGAUGUUCCCUAAGCUCUCAGACGGAGCAUGGAAGGACUUGGGUGAGAUCGGCGAGCGCGUUAACAAUAUCGGCAUGGGUUGCUGCGUUCUGAGAAUCGAGCCGAGUGAGGAGGCUGAUGGCUUUACUGAGCGCCAGGUCAUCCCGCUCUGGCGCAGUCUGCAUUCUCUCAACCUCAUGCUAGCGAAGGAAGAUCGUACUGCAAUGCUAUUACGGAUCUUCAACGACACUACACCGUUAGUCAACAACCAUAACCCGGGCAAGAAAGCUGACCCUGCGCCGCCGCCGGAAGUCGAAGUAGAGGCUGAUGAUGCGAUGGAUGGCGUGAUUAAGGGCGUAGGGGGAAUCGUGGGGUCAAUAGAGGGCGCUGCGCCUGUUAACACGGAUGCUGUAGAGGCGAACAUCAAACCCGGUCCUUACGAUACUAUUGCUUCUGCACCGAAGACAGGCGCGGAGUUGGAUGUUAAAGCUGAGCGGAUUGCCAAGGGUGAUGACACGGAGGGUGGCGAUAUUGAAGGGCAAGUGGGUGCUCUUCCAUAA